AUGAAAACAAAGCCAUCAUCUCACAUGGAUCAUUUGGGAGCAUUCAAGUCAGGCUUUUUCACCAUGGAUGAUUUGUUUGUAGGGAAUAUAAUGCCACUUUACUUUCCCAUACAAGAACUUUCUGAGUUCUUGCCCAGGGAAGAAGCUGAUUCCAUUCCUUUCUCCAUGCCCCAACUCCCAAACGUCCUUCAACUCUUCUCAAUCCCUAUAGAUUCUCCCAAUGCCAGAGCCAUGGAAGACACACUCCAACAGUGUGAAGCUACACCCAUCACAGGGGAGACCAAGCUCUGUGCUACCUCUUUAGAGUCCAUGCUUGAUUUUGUGCAUAGCAUCAUGGGCUCAUGGGCUAACCUGAAUGUUCUGACAACUAAACACCCCACAAUGUCAACUGCCUUGACACAGAAUUAUGAUGUUUUAAGAGUUUCAAAGGAACUUUAUGCUCCUAAAUGGGUUGCUUGUCAUCCUUUGCCUUACCCUUACAAGAUUUUCUUCUGCCACUUCAUAGAGAAUACCAAGAUUUUCAAGGUUUUACUUGGUGGUGAGAAUGGACAUAAGGUGGAAGCUGUUGCUGUUUGCCACAUGGACACUUCUGAUUGGGACCCUAACCACAUUCUAUUUCGCCAACUUGGUGUCAAGCCUGGCUCAUCUCCAGUAUGCCAUUUCCUCCCAAAAUAUCAUCUUGUUUGGGUUCCAUCACCAACAACAGCCUCUAUCUAAAGAGGUAGCUCUGUUGCCUUUCUAUUGUGUAGACGUUAAAUAAAGGUCAAUCAGAGAGUUCUUGUAAUA